GAGGCAUAUAUCACUACUUUGCGGGGUUGAUAUACAGGUUGCAGUAAAAAAAAAAUAAUAAAAAAAAAAAAAUAAAAAAAAAAUACAGGUUACAGUCCUGAAACAGAGAUUGCAUCAUUGGGAUUUUAACUAUGGUCUUAAUGUGAUACUUAUCAAAAAAACACGAAAAGUAAAGCGCCGAAGGGGUGUGACGUCACUAACGACGCAAGCGGCGCACGCACGUCCAUCGUGUUCAGCUCCCGAGCAGUUGUGUGUCAGGAUGAGCACAUCGAUGGCCUGUAAGAGUCAACAUGCAGCAGAUGUCUAUGAGCCUGUGGGCCAAAGCUCAGAGCUCAGCCUGGUGGAGAUGACGGAGGUAGAGUACUUGCAGCACAUUAUUCAGAGCCACAUUGAUGCUCAGGUGACCGAGACGGACAGCUCGGGCCUUUCACAGCUUGAAGAAAGCUUGUAUGACGAGCCAGAGAGGCGUCUGGCCUGCUCGCCUCAGAGCCCCUUAGUGUGCAGGCCGGAGGGGACAUCAGCGGGGCCGGUGGACCUGCAGGACAUCAAGAUGCUGUUGCUGAGUGAGUCGAACACCACGCCUGCCAGCAGCGCCGAGGUGCCAGGCUCAGUGCUGAGCAGAGUCCGGUGUGUCGUCGAAGAGAGGGCCGAUGAACGGCCCCUGGAGGGGAGACCCAGCCCAGCUGCGCGUGUCUGCCUGGAAAAGAGAUUUUUAUCAGUGCUUUGUCAUUCUACAAACACUUCAGGGAUAGCCACACAUGCACAAACAGAGAAAUGGAGUAAACCAGACAAGAUGGUGAAAAUACAGGGCACGCAUCCAUACGAAGGACGUCUGUUCAAAACGGGUGUGCAGUCUGAGCUGAUCAUUCCUACAGAGCUGACUGUGAGUUUCAGAGCAGAUAAAGGCCCCGAGUCUGUGAUGAGAGCUCCGCUUGUCAUUUACACGGACACUGCUGACCAGCAAACUGCAGACACACUGAAGAGUACCAUUCUCUAAUAUUGUUCACUUACACAUAAACAAUUAGCUUACUGAGUUAUUAUUCAUUUUAGAAUGAGCACAUGAUACCUUCGUGUUGUUCCAAAGCUAUGUGAAUAUCCGUCAUCAGUAGAACACUGAUGAAGACUUUUUUCCAUUCAUUGAUCAGGGGCUGCCAAGCUCCAAUAAUCACAAA